ACAAUUGUGUUUCUUUUCUCCUUGCUACCUCCCCAAAGCAUGAUUACAUCAAGUCUCUGGGAAGGCAGCGUCUCAGUGUGCACUUAGCAGGAUGGAAAAUGCCCACGGUGUUAAGGUACCUUGCUGGUGAAUUCCUCAGAAACAAACCACAGGACGAGUAGAUGUGAAUGGUUUUUGCAGUUUCUUCAUCAGAUUGAGGAUUAGCUCAAGCCCCAGUGAGUGGUUAGCCUACUUUUGAUUUUUUUUUUUUUUUUUUGAGACUUGAGUUUUGUUCUUGUCACCUAGGCUGUGAAGUGCAGUGAUGAGAUUUUGGCUCAUUGUAACUUCCACCUCCCGGGUUCAAGCGAUUCUCCUGCUUCAGCCUUGUGAGUAGCUGGAAUUACAGGUGCUCGCCACCAUGCCCGGCUAAUUUUUGUAUUUUUAGUAGAGAUGGGGUUUCACCAUGUCGGUCAGGCUGGCCUUGAACUCGUGAUCUCAGGUGAUCCGCCUGCCUCGGCCUCCCAAAGUGCUGGGAUUACAGGCGUGAGCCACUGCGCCUGGCCGAUUUUUUUUCUUCUUCUUCUUACAAGAUGACGCCUUCCCUAUAGGCUGCUUUGAGAAAGCUGCAGCCUCCUCGGAGUUUCUGCAAGGCCUGAACUGGAAUCUCCCUCCCCUUCAGUUGCCCUUUUUGCCUCUUCACGUUUGGGGGUUCCCUGUGACCAAACUUAAGGGCAGUGAGCUGUCUGGCCUCUGAACUGACACCACCAGUGGCCAACUAGUACCACCUCCAGUGACGUCAGAGGAGUCCAGACCUAUUCACAAUUCAAAGCCCUAAAAACACUGAGGGGUUGGCCGUUGGUUUCCAGUUGUCCAAGCCUGUGAGUGGCUAUGCGUCCUGGUUGGGUGCUCAAAGCAAGGAGGUGAAAGGCGACCAGCAUUGGCGAAUGGGGUCCCUCCCCUCUCCGCAGGCCCCGCCGCCGCCAUCUUUGUUGGGGGCAGCCGGGCCUGGCUCGCAAUGCCGAAGUCGUGCGCGGCCCGGCAGUGCUGCAACCGCUACAGCAGCCGCAGGAAGCAGCUCACCUUCCACCGGUUUCCGUUCAGCCGCCCGGAGCUGCUGAAGGCAUGGGUGCUGAACAUCGGCCGGGGCAACUUCAAGCCCAAGCAGCACACGGUCAUCUGCUCCGAGCACUUCCGGCCAGAGUGCUUCAGCGCCUUUGGAAACCGCAAGAACCUAAAGCACAAUGCCGUGCCCACGGUGUUCGCCUUUCAGGACCCCACACAGCAGGUGAGGGAGAACACAGACCCUGCCAGUGAGAGAGGAAAUGCCAGCUCUUCUCAGAAAGAAAAGGUCCUCCCUGAGGCGGGGGCUGGAGAGGACAGUCCUGGGAGAAACAUGGACACUGCACUUGAAGAGCUUCAGUUGCCCCCAAAUGCCGAAGGCCACGUAAAACAGGUCUCGCCACGGAGGCCGCAAGCAACAGAGGCUGUUGGCCGGCCGACUGGCCCUGCGGGCCUGAGAAGGCCCCCCAACAAGCAGCCAUCUGAUCACAGCUAUGCCCUUUUGGACUUAGAUUCCCUGAAGAAAAAACUCUUCCUCACUCUGAAGGAAAAUGAAAAGCUCCGGAAGCGCUUGCAGGCCCAGAGGCUGGUGAUGCGAAGGAUGUCCAGCCGCCUCCGUGCUUGCAAAGGGCACCAGGGACUGCAGGCCAGACUUGGGCCAGAGCAGCAGAGCUGAGCCCCACAGGCUCCGGACGCAGAGGUGGCAGUGGCACCAGGGCCGGCAGAGCUUUGGAGCUCUGGCUGUGGACAUUUUUGUCUGCUGUGGACACUGAGAAAGUUGGCCAUGAGGCCUGCUUGGCCGGGGAUCGAGACAGUAGCCAAGCUCCCCGGCGAGAGCCCCGAUGCCGUCUGGGGGACGUUUAGAGGUGUGGCACUAGGAGUGCACAUCUGUGAGCAUGACAAGCUUAUCCUCCCAUGGUAACAGAAGUCCAGGCUGAGGCUGAUUCUGGACGCUGUCCUUUCAGCACACGCAGAGUAAAGAUCGCUGGAAGCCCCAGUGUGGGAGAUGCUCCUCAGGGAGGAAGCCAUGUGAGGGGGCCGACUCUGUGGCGGGUGAGUGGUCCCCUCCUCCAUCAGCCUGGACAGCCGCUCGGGGUUCUAAGGAGUGACUCCUGUCCCGGCCUGGUGUGAGUGGGCAGUGUAAUAAAGUGUCUUUCUAUACGGUGUCACUCCCAUCAUCAUUUUCUCUAGUGCCGUGAUUCCUUCUGCUAAGAAGACUGACUUCCGUGGCCGGGCGCAGUGGCUCAUGCCUGUAAUCCCAGCACUUUGAGAGGCCGAGGUGGGGAGAUCACUUGAGGUCAGGAGUUCAAGACCAGCCUGGCCAACAUGGUGAAAUCCCAUGUCUACUAAAAAAGACACAAAUUAGCCAGGCGUGGUGGCACACACCUGUAGUCCCAGCUACUUGGGAGGCUGAGACAGGAGGAUCAGCUGAACCCGGGAGGCGGAGGUUGCAGUGAGCCAAGAUCGCACCACUGCCCUCUAGUAUUGUCACUUGGUGACAGAGCGAGACUCAGUCUGAAAAAAAAAAACUGACUUCCUAUUUUGUCUAAUUUAUAGCUUUAGUGAAUUAAAGAAAAGUACUAGCCUGAUUUCCUAACUUGGGGUCUAUUUAUUUCUCAGGUAAUGUUUAAUGUAGAAAAUGGAACCCCAGCUUCACGUGAAGCCUUGUGGUUGAGUGAGGAGUGAAGGAUGGGGAGGAGGCCUCUGGGGAAGGGGUUCCUUCCCUCCUGAAGAUGAACACACAAUACACCAAAGAGCACCAGCCUCUGCUUUCAGGAAAGGUUUAUUGUGGUGAGUGCCUUCUGUACAGUCGACUGCAAAUGAAACGCAGAGGAUGGGUGCCCAGAAGCACCUGCGGCAGAGGCGCACGGGAAGCCCGGGGCCCAGGCUCAUGCAAUACGACGCUCACCGCGGCUCGGGCCGUGGGGCCGUCAGAGAAACCUUUUUAGAAAAUGGAGAUGAAUGUUACAGAAUUGGACAACCUGAACUGCUUUUCAAAACCAGAGGAAGGAGGUUCUUAGCCGUUACUCAGAUACCAGUGCUGGGGAGGGAGGCCUGACUUCAGCAACAGCUGUGGGUGGGCUGGAGGCCGGCGCAGCUUGGGGCCCCCGGCGCCAGCUGUCUCAGCCACCGCCUGUGCGGUGCUUGCUCCGAGGGGUCAGCAAGAGCAACUGAUGGCUGCCACUUCCAGGCCCCGUGAGACAGGCCUCACGUAACUUUACUGCAGCCGAGGUCCAGGCCGUGGAGGGGGUCCUAGCUCCGCUGCAUUCUGCAUCCCAAGUGGGCACGUGGAGGAAGGGUCUGAAGGAGGGCUCCGGAGCACAGGCCCUGGUGUUCCUGUGAGGACGCUGGACCUGCAGGAGCGGGGAGCUGCAGUGCCACCUGCUGGGCACCACAGGCCAGGCCUGGGGUCCACGCCUCUGGGUUGGGUGUGUCUGAUGUCUUGCCAAGCGCCUGGUCCUGUCCUCUUGAGCUGCCCUUGCCCAGCACUGCACUCUGGAGGUGGGUGGUGCAGGCGGUGGAGGGACACAGGCCAGCUCAAGCCCGCUGGUGGCAGGGCGUUUUCCCACAGGGAUACGGGAAGCCACCUGUGUCAGGGCUAGGCCCUGGCAUCGGGAGUUACACUACCCUGUCCCAAGCCGAGGGGGCUGGUGGAAUGAUUUGAGCAGCUCUGGGAGUGGGGAAAAAAGACUAAUUUCCAAACCCGUUUGUUCUCAGAUAAAAAGCAGUUUUAUAAACCCGCAAUCUGCUCCAAAUUCAAGCAGUAAUAUUUCAGCAGGAGGAGGUGGUCAUGGGAAGCCAGCGCAGCAGAGGCUCCCCGACCGGGAGGCCUGCCUGCUUUUCAUGUUGUUUGUUUCCCAUGUUCAGCGUGGACCGCAGAAGUGGCUCGCGCUCCUGUGGUGAGGGCAGGGUGCUCCACAGACACCUCCAGACCCAGCCAAGAACUACAGGGCGGCGGGCUGCGGUCAGCACGCGUGCUCAGGGGACCCAGCAGAGUCAGGGCCAGAGCCCUUCCCUCCAGGAACUGGUCCUUGGGAAAACAGCCAUGGGCCAGGCUGCAGUCUGGUUCCCCGUGGGGCUGCCUCAGUCCUACCCCCAGCACCCUCAAAAGCUGGGGUGUCUGCAUGUCCCUUCACAUAAUUGAUAAUGGUACCACCUUCUAUAAUAAUAAUAUAAAAUAAAAACAUCUGAUGUC